AUGGAGUCCGAGAAGAAACCCGCCGCUACCACUGCGCGCACGUCUGCACGCACUAGAAAGCCAACCAGCAAGGCCAGAGAGGCCGAACUCAACAGGGUUACAAAGCCCAAAGCAAGGCCCCGGAAGCGGGCAGUCAAGAAGGAUGCUACAGCACCCAAAGGCUCCAAGCAGGAGCCAGAGAAGAGCCAGCCAAAGCUGGAGAGCCCAGAGCCGGUCAAGCCAGAUACCGGCAAAGAGGCUGCCAUCCCAACCAUUCUCGUCACUGACGAGACGGGCAGAAUCACUAGGCUGCCCCAGACACCACCACGCCUCAGCAAGGAGGACGAACAAGCAGUAGCCAUCCUGCUUGAACUGGCUGCCGCAGCAAUGGCGCCAGACUUUAUCCCAGAGGUUGAGGUCGACCUGGUGGCUUACAGCCACCAAUUCUACUCUCAAUUCCCGACGGCAGCAGAGGCAACGACGAUGGGUCGGCUGGCCGACCCAUCCGAGCUCUCCUGUCCCGACCUCCCGCGCCCGCAUACCGACAAUCAAGGCUGGACGCACACCGGCCGUGUCAAUGAACACGGCGAAGAGUACAUCGUCAUCCCACCAUCGUUCGCUAGAUGGUCGCCCGCCGAGCCCACCGACCCUUCGCCAGCCAUGGAGGCCUGA